AGGGGGAAAAAAUCCCCCUCAUGACAAGCUAAACAUAAUUUCUGUUUAUUUUGAAAUUGAAAUGUCAGUUUGUGUGAUGCAUCAUUUUUUUUGUGACAUCUGAAGCAGAAUACAUUUUACAUCAGAGAGUUUUGCCUUAAUGAUUCUUCAGGGAUUGUAAUUGCAGAGCACAACAAAGGAAAAACUCCAUCCCUGCCUGGAUCUGUGAUUUGUAGUCAGAAUUGCUUGUUAAAUCUGAGCCAUACUCAAUCUUGACAUGGAAGACCAGGGAAGCAAUUCGGUUUGAAACGUGUGUGUGUGCUUGCGUGUGUGUCUAUAAGCAUACAAGCCCCCCGACAAGAAUCAGUAGACUUCCUAUAUCUCUUGCGGCUAAGCGGAACCUUUGAACGCAAUCUCAGUUCCACCCGGACAUUUCCUAUAUGUUACAAUUGUGUGUACGUUUAGCAUACGAAAGUUAGAUACAUGGGCUACUUCGUUGCUAGCAGAGAUGAAAACGCCUAUUCUGUAGAGACCAAAGAAAGAGUUCAGGUAGGCACUAGUUUCUAUCGUGGCGUCUCUUUUGCCAAAACCUCAUUAGAACGACGUAGAAUGCCGCACACCUGCGCGGAAUGUGGGUCCACUAACGUGGUGGAGGAUGAACUGUACUCGGAAAGAACACUGGUGUGCGAGGACUGCGGGUCGGUUGUCACUAGGGAACACCUCACUACAACCCGAAGCGAAGAGGAGCAAAGCACAGCUGUCCCAUACUAUGCCAGCACAGAGGUCACAAAGCAACCCUGUAGAAAUCUUAUUAAAUGCAUGAAGAGAGUCCGUGCCCUGUGCCGCAUCUUCAGAUUCCCAGGUGAUAUGGAGUCCAGAACCGUGGAGCUGUAUCAGCAGGCCUAUGGCCAUCCGACUUUCCUGCAAGUCAGACUGUCCAAGAAAGAGCUCUUGGCCGGAGCCUGCAUGGUUGCCGUUGCCAGGAUGAACAACUGGCCCAUUGCCAUGGGAACCAUUGGCUCGCUGCUGGAGGCUGACUCGACCCUGAUGGGGGCAGUUUAUCAGGAUCUUAUCAAGAGCCUGCAUCUCCAGGCGACCAGCUCAAGCAUCACUGACCUGUUGGAGAGCUACUGUCACGGGUUGAAUCUGACGGCCAAGGUGGUGGGUGAGGAGUACGGUGAGACUGCCGAGCGUCUGACGGAAAGGGCCACAGCGCUGGUGGAGCUGGCCGGAGACACCUGGUUGGUCACCGGCCGCCACCCGCUACGCAUCUCACUGGCUGCAGUCUACCUGGCCUGGCAGUCUCUCAGACCAGCUUCUCGUAUGAAGGUGUCUCUGGCAGUGUUUUGCCGAAUAGCGAAGCUGACGGAAGGGAAGGUUCCGGGCAGCCAGGUGGUGCAGGUGCGGGUGAAGGAGCUGAGGGAGGUGCUGUGUAAGCUGGGUGCCCAGCUGCCCUGGCUGAGGGGGGCACGGGUGGAGCCCGGUAGAGUUGCCGCCCUGGUGGAGGACAUCGUGAAGCACAGGCGCUUGCUGCUGGCUAUGGCCAUGAAAAGCCAUGAGGAGGACCUGCAGGCUAAUGCUAUCAAUAACGAGAUGGCGACUUCAGACGACACCUCUGCACCGGUGGAGAUCACACCAACGGCAGCAGAGAACGUUCUAGUGCCCGGAAACAUGCCUGGAGCGGCAGACAAUACGCCAACGCGCCACAACAUGCCCACACUGCCAGAAAACACACAGACCGGUGACAUGGCUGUAACAUCCGAGAAUACGCUUACACGCGAUAAUGUGCCUGCGGCGUCCUGUUCAACGCACACCCCAGCCCAGGUACAUCCACCUGUGUCAGGUAGAGCGCUGCCUAAAGUACACCUGCCGGAGGAUAGACCUGAGGACCGUAAACCAGUAGGUGUGCGAAGGAGAGCUGGAGAGAUGACGUGCAUAAUGACAACAGGUGUAGAAGAGAUGGACACUCUCGGAGAACAUGGACUGAAAGUGGAGGAGGAUGGGUCGUCCCUUGCUGGACAGGACUCUUGGUCCGCUGAUCUCCCAGAGGACCACUGGGGCAAGAGGCAGCUGUUUGUGCCCCCCUGUUUGAGGCUGGCCAAGAGGCCGAGAACAGAGCGAGGACCCGACGUGACGGGUGACGAGGAGAUCUCCGACUCUGAGAUUGAGUCCUACAUCCGAACCCCCAAAGAGGUACGAGACUUCUUGACGACUCAGAGGUGGAUAGCAGAGGAGCAGGAGAUGGAGAAGAUGGAGAAGAAGAGCUGAGAUUUCUCAGUUUUGCACAUUUAUUAUUAUUAUUAUUAUUAUUAUUAUUAUGCUCUAUAGUAUGUGAGAGAUUUAAAGAUGGAUAUUUCUAUUUUUUUAUUAUUAUUAUUAUUAUGAAUAGGUUACAGAGUUACAAAUCUUUGAAUCUGCUUGUCCUGAUGUGUAUACAGUUAGUUUGAAAUAAAAAGGUUAUUUUUCUUGAA